AGGUUAGAAUGACUGAUCUGAUGGAUACAAGUUGAAGAGAGGUGGAGAUGAGGACGUGUUCUAUCAGUGUCACGUGAUCUGAUGAACUGUGAUAGGAAAAGGAAGCUUGGUGAUGAGGAGCAGUAUAUCAUGGCUCUGUUAAAACGUCUCCAUCUUCAGCAAACCUCUGAGUUGUACGAGAAAGCUCCUAGCCACAACAAGAGAUCUGUUCCUGCUAGGGGCCCCAGUGCUGUUCCUGCUAGGGGCCCCAGUGGUGGUAAGGCUAGAGGCUCAGAAACUGGGGGUUCCGGUCAUGUUAGGGGCCCACGUGCUGGUCAUGGUGGGGUUCCGGGUGCGGCUACGGGCAACAAGCGAUGGCGGCUGAGUCCCAUUGUAGAAGAAGAGGAAGGAUCGGCUAAAAGACGCCGGAUAGACACCGAGAUGGCAGACAAUCUGUUCAAUAACCUGUGGAUAUCUGACAGCAAGAAAGAUAACCAAAUUAUAUCAGACAGUCAGGAAGAUGAAGAAAUUAUGGGAUCUGAUAAAGAUGCAGCAACUGGGGAUGUUGAGGCUACAGUCAGUGAGGCUGAUGAACUGCCCGAAACUUUUAAGAGUGUGAAUUUGAGGGUGGGUGUGCAGAAUGGGAGAUCAUUAGAGGAUGCAUUUAUAAAGAACCAGUUACGAGAACACAGACUCCAAGUAGUACUCUGGACUCCCCCCAUCACUCUAGAUACUAUGAUUCAGAACGGACUCCACACGGUCCAUCCUGCAGAAACUUUUCAAAACGAGGAGGGAGAACAAGAGUACAUGUGCUAACUUCUAUCUUGACCAGAACACUUAUACUAUCCUCCUGUCCCAACCAGAACGCUUGGGUUUAGUGCUUGCUGACUAUUUGCCCCAUUUCACAGAACUCAGUAACAUUGAGUAAUUUAAAUGAUUCAUUAUAUUUUGGGGUAAAUUAAAGUAUUUCUCAUUAAGGGUAAUCUGAUCUAUCGCCAAUCUUUUUAAAAGACAGAACGAUGUUUCCAGGUCGACUUUCUAUAUUUUAAAUUAAAUUAUUUAAAAAAGGGUAAGCUGAUUAAUCGCCAAUCUUUAUAUGAGACCUGACAAUUUUUCCAGGUCAACUGUUUCUGUAUGGCGAUUAUUGAAAAAGCUUGAUCUGACAAUAUGUCUCAUUUAUUUUUAGUUUCACUUUCUGUUUAAUGUGUAUUAAAGUUUAUUUAAUUUUUACUUGUUGCAAUUUAUAUUCAAUUCAAUUUCUUGAUAAAGUCAAAAGUUUAUUUAUAUUUCUGACCGAUUUCUUGAAAACUUACAUCAGACAACCUUGAUAUAACAAACAUGCACAUAGCUAGGAUUGGACUUAUUAUAAAACUUCUUUCAUAUCAUAAACCUAAACCCACCUCAGGAAGGUAGUGCUAGUCACGUGACAUGUCACAGCACCAGUAACUGUGCUUAAGAAGAUUACUUAUUCCUAGAUACACUGCUUGUUAACUUCACUGUCCGGAUACUAUACUCAUAACAAUGGCUACAGCUAUAAGUAGCCUCACUGUAGAGGAGCUUAAAGACAUCGUCACCAAGUCAAUCGAUCAGAAACUGCAGGAGAGCAUGGGAAAAGAAACAUUCCACAACUCUCAGAAUCACCCUCAGAAUCCGUCUCCUAAUCGUCAAGAUUACAACAACAACAACAACAACAAUACCCAUUACAGGAACACCCCCCGCUUCCAGAACUAUCAAAACUCUACUCCCCACUACAAUAACAAUAAUCCUUCCUACAAUAAUUCUUCCUACAAUAAUCCUUCCUACAAUAACAAUUACCAAACAAGAGGCACUCCCAGAACUACACAUCAUCAGAAUAGUACACAGAAUAACAUCCGACCAUACAACAACCAGAACAGUUACAAUAACAACCAGAAUAGUUACCAUAGUAACCAGAAUAGUCAUGGCAACCAGAAUAGUCCUAACAAAUAUUACAACCAACGCAGGUUCCACGAGGUCCAGCCUUUGAAGAUAAUGAUUACAUAUGUGGAAACAGCCUGCACUUUCUGGGGCCAGGUUCUUACUCCGGAUCUACUGGACACUACAAGACAGCUGGAGACAGAUCUACAAGAUAUGUGUCCGGGACUGCCACCAGUAGCUCACAUCACCAAAGGGGGACUGUACGGGACCAUGUGGUGUGAAAGGUGGUACAGAUGUAUCACAUGUCAGAUUCCUGAUGAACAGGGGAAUACUGACGUUCUGUUUGUCGACUACGGGAACAAGGAGAAGAAAAACAUCGCCGAUUUGGUUGCUCUAAAGAGCCCUAAACUGUUGGAGGUCCCGUUCUUCGCGUAUCCGUUCAGAUUCCCUAAACUGGAAGCACUACCAGACAAACUUACGGAGGCAGUUGGCAGUUUCGACACUGAGUCCAUUCUUACAGGGUUUGUCAGUCAGACCCCACUGCCUGAUCUCUACACGGACAUCUACGUAAACAGACCUCAACUAACAAACCAGCCCUCCUGUACUACCUACAAUGAGCUGAUGGUGGAGCUGGGGUUCGCAAAGAAGAGCGAGGAGAGCGCGACAGUGCGCAGAACCCAGCCUAGCUACUACACCCAGGCGCUCCACCAGCGCAUCAAGAUGCUCUCCACCCUCUGCAGAGACAAGGACCUGGAAAUGGCCAAGCUUUGCGGAGAUCAGCCUCCAGAUACUCCUGCUAGAUCACCCUUCCAUGACAUCAGGUACGCGGAAUCUAAUGGUGACUCUACUCCCACACAAACUACUAGUCCAUCUCAAUCUUUGACUGAAGUUGUAAAAGAUAAGAACGUUGUUGAAGACGCAGUAGAAGUCGUAAAGGAAGAGGUAGUGACGGAAGAGGAUGUGAAGAUAGACUUAGUGAAGGAAGACGUGGUGACGGAAGAGAUAGUUAGCGAGAAGAGUUUGGACCCGGUAGAAAGUAUAGAGGAGCAAAUACAGAUCUACAUAUUGUCCCUGAUAGAUAAGAUAGAUAAAUAUAACAGUACUGCAGCUGACAUAGUGACUGGUACUGACACCAGAGCAAUCAAGAGUGUGUUGGAGCAGCUCCAGUCUGUGGAAGUUAGCUCUGAACUAGCAGAUCUCCGCUCCUCCGUGGAAAUGGAGCUGGAGAGUCUAACGCAGAGCAGCGCCGCGAUCCAGGGCUGCGCUGAUUCUGCUUCGUUAGAGCGCGCAGUUGAGAAGCGGGAUGCGAACCUGCUCGCUGUGAGUGAGGCUGUGGAGCUUUACACGGAGUUGGCGGAGCAGUCAGAGCUGAAGAACAAGUUCCAACUCAUUAACGAGAUAGUUGCGGCCUACGAACAACCUCAAGCUGAUUCUGGAUUACCUGAACAAUCACUAGACUCGUUGCUGGAUGGUGUUGAUGAGAUGAGUAGCGGCUUCCUAAGCGAUGUCAUUAAAGUUCAAGGAAACUGUCGCGAACACUUGACUGUGUUGAACGGACAACUGGUCAGCUGCAGCAGACUUCUCAGCAACAACACUGUCAGGUUAUUCGGAGAGAGCAAGAUAGUUGAGGUGGGGGAGGAUAGUGCUGAUGAGAAUGGUUUUGUCGUGGUGACUGAUCAACAAAACGAUAAAGAAAACAUCACCUCUCUCGGAAAUAGUUUGAAGACAGUUUGUUCGUUGUUAGAGGAGCUGUUAACCACAUCUCAACAUCACUACAACGACCUCUCACCCGUAUCAGCCAGUGUACGAGGUGUAGUGAAAGAAAGAGCCGUAAAGAAGAGAGAAGAAUUGGAACUAUUUGUGACGAGCUCUGAACUGUAUCAGAAGAGGGCACUGUCAGCCCGCCAAACAUUGCAAAACAAACCUGACCUCUCUAAUCUCACGGAUAUAAAGAAGCAACUCAAAACGGCAAAACGCCAAGUCAAACUUUCUCAAAUAACGGACGAUGAUGAAGAUGAAGAGUCGAGUAUGAGAGAAAGUAUGAUAAAUCUCCACAAGCUCUACAAAACAGAGGAAACAGAGUUUGCCAAUCUUCUAGAUCUCGCCCAAACAACACACCCUGAAUUACUGAUACAACACCCCCAGCUAAAAGCCAUGUCCCAAGGUGACCACUUGUUGAAGACCAGCUGGGAGCUGCACGAGUUUGUCUUGCCUGAUACCUCCGCGUGUAUAAACAGUCAGGGUCUCAACGUGUAUUGUGGGUUCUACAGUGACCUGGAGCCUGUUUACUUUGUGGAGCGUGCUCUGCAGACUGUGGAGGGCCGGUUAGAGGAACACGCCCUCCAAAUCAUCAGAGAGACUUUGUCUGACAACUGUUUUGCAGUUAUCAUCAAUAAAAAGAGCCUCCGAGUGUACGGCGCCACUACCCAGCCCCCUAUUUAAAGCUCAGGGACCACUUUUGUGAGUUGUGACGCGGAAUUGCUUUAUCACUCUAUUCUCCGGGGAGGGGCAGCUGAAAUUAACAUUGAUCGUUUUAUUGGACACUGAUGUCGAAUCAAUGAAACAGAUUAUCCACAUUCCACAUAGCAUGCGUUAUUGCGUUGUCAGUUGUAGGCGAUAGCUUUUUAGAUUCAAGGAGACAUGUCCCCACAUGUCCAUUUAAAGAUUUUGGUAAAAUUUUCCUUGAUGGUUUCGUGACAUUUUUGGUUUUAAGUUUAGGUCAGCGUUUACACAACAAGUUCUAAGUUACUUUUGGUCACGUGAUAGCUACCCGAGUGUAGAGUGAUUAACGAUCAGCGUUGUAACAAGAACUUUCUUACGAUUUUUACUUUAAAUAAGUUCUUUUAACUUUGAAUAGUGAAUUUCAAUUUAAUUUAAUUCUGUGUUUUUACCAGUUUAAAAUGCAUAUUUAUUUGAAUGUGCUGAAUUCGAAGAUAAAUUUAUGUUCCAGUUUUUAAAAAACAGA